AUGUCGUCUGUGCAAAAGAUGGCGACGACGAAUAACAGUAAGCCGAAAGGAAGGAGAUUAUCGAAAGAAAGUAUAGAUUUUUAUCCUCUUGCUGUGCAUCUGUUAAGUAUCGGUUUCGGGUUUCUACACCGGUGGCAUGUAUCAACGCUUUUUGAAAAUGAUCGACACUUUUCUCAUUUAUCAGAAAUCGAAAGAGAAAUGUCUUUCAGGACUGAAAUGGGAAUGUAUUAUUCAUAUUAUAAAACCAUCGUAGGAGCAGAAAGUUUUGCUGAUGGUGUUUAUAAACUUGCUAAGGAUAACAUAUCAGAAUAUGGAAAUGUGAUAAAUGCUUGCAGGAAAUAUAACCUCUUACCAGAGAUUACAGCCAGUUAUUUCUAUCACAGUGCCAAGAAUCUAGGAUUAAUAUCUCAAGAACAAUGUUGGAAAACAGAGAGAGGAGGUGGUUUACCACCGGUAACCAGCUGUGAAGGCUUAGGUGUACCUGUAUAUUUUUAUCUUGAAAUAGUUUGGAUUACCACCAUAUAUACAGCUGCUAUACUUUUUAAAUACUCUACGUAUAUGAGUGACUCUGUGUUCGGUGGUAUUAUUACUAUGCUAUUAUUUUUCUACAAUCACAAUGAAUGUACUCGUGUUCAAUGGACUCCUCCAUUAAGAGAAACUUUUGCAUAUCCAAUGUUACUCUUCCAAAUGUAUUCGGUGACUAAGAUCAUUGAACGACACACUACACAGGAUAUACAAGGAUAUGUAAGUUGGAGAGAACUUACCGAUGGAUUAUAUGUGAAUAUGCUUUUGGGAACUGUGAUCAGUCUAUGUAGUUGGCAAUUUUCACAAUUUAUCUUAGCCACUCAAAUACUAGCCAUUCUUAUUCUUAAAUGGGUUGAAAUUAUACCUAAGAAUCUAUUCUUACCGUUAAGUAGAAUAUAUACUAUUUCUAGUAUUUUAUCAAUGGCUGUGAUAGAUGGCACAUUAUUAUUUAAUUCUAUAUUCGCGUGUAUUUUAAUCGGUAGUAAUAUAGCAGAAGUUCUUGCCAGUAAAUGUUCUCGUUUCUUGAAUGGCAGAAAAGAAGUUAUUCUUGAGAUAAUUAUUGCUGUACUUUUCACAAAAUGGUUAAAAUCGUAUAUUCUCACCAUCGAAGACGACGCACACAUUUAUAAUAUUUUAAGAUCAAAACUAACAGACUAUAAGGAUUUUCAUACCCUGCUCUACACAUGUUCUCCAGAAUUUGAUUUCUUGCAAUAUAAAACUUAUGAAGCAAUCAUCAAGACUUUACUUUUACCAAUUGCAAUACUCUCAGGAAUAUUAGCGCUUUAUUAUUGGUAUAGAGAAUAUGAGAGCGAAGGAUAUCCUUAUUGUAUAGAAGCAGAUGUAUGUUACAAUGGAUUACAAACUGGAGCUUUCAUUAUUAUGGCUGUAUUCGUUAUGAGAUUAAAGCUUUUCAUGACACCACAUCUCUGUAUAAUAGCAGGAUUGGUAUGUAGUAAAAGAUACUCGGAAAAACUUGGAUUAAGAAGUAAAGCAAUCAGAGGAGCUAUAAUAGUCUUACUCAUAGCUGGUAUGUCUUAUCACGGUUUGGAAAGAUUUCGAGAAGAACGAGGAUUCGUUGGAGAAUACAGUAAUAUCGAACAGGAAGAAUUAUUUGAAUGGAUAAAAGAAAAUACUCCUAAGAACGCAGUAUUUGCUGGUAAAAUGGCAUUAAUGGCUAAUUUGAUGUUAUCAACUGGAAGACCUAUAGUAAAUAAUCCUUAUUACGAAAGUGCAGAAAUGCGAAAUCGAACCAUGGCAGUCUACGAAAUUUUCAGUAGGAAAAAUGCAACAUCCGUAUAUCUUAAAUUAAGAAAUAUGCAUGUCGGUUACGUUGUAUUAGAAGAGCCAUUAUGUCUCGGAUACGCAAAUGUGCCAAACGGUUGUCAAAUGGUCGAUUUAUGGGAUGUGGUUGAUAAUGGAAUGGCGAAAGCAAGUGGAAAACCACCCCUUUGUCCAUUAUUAUUAGAAGGAAACGCUUAUCCCUUCAAACGAGCUUUCAUGAAUAAUCAUUACGUAGUUUUACAAUUAGUUUAUUCACAUUAUUUAGAAUAUAAUCCAAAGACUUCCACGCCGCUCCAGUAUCAAUUUUGAAUACUGCGUUCGUGAUGACUGAAAAAAAGUGACUAAAUAAUAGAUACAAAGAUUCUUCGUAAUAUAAUAAUAUCUCCUAUAGGCCUAUUUUUCUUAAGAAAAUGAUGGGAAACAAGAAGUGGAGAAAAAAAAAGAAAUACACAAAUACUAUAUAUAUAUCUAUAUCUAUAGAAAUAUUAUAGAAAAAGAAUCAAUAUAUAUAUAUUUUGUUAACGCUAAUUUGUGGGAUAAAGAAUGGAAGAAUUUUCUUUUUGGAAGAGACUUUCUCUAUCGUAUUCGCAUAAAACGUUCCUAACGAAAUUUUAAUUAAAAUCGAGUUAGGAAACGAAUCUAUUCGAUAAUGAAUAAUUCGUUUGAAAAUAAUAAAAGAUCCAGACAAACGAGUUGAUCGUUAACGAUUAUGGCUUCCGACUGAUCGUUCGAGACUGCUCAAAGCAUUUUUAUAAUGAAAA